CCCGCCCCAGCGCAGACCCGACCCCGAGCGCGGACCCCGGAUCCGGAGCACGGCCUCGUCCGCCUCGCUCGCCCCGGCUACCCGGCCGCGGGCAUGGACGGCGCCCGCUUGUCCUAGAUGGACGGCGAUGGCGGCCGCCGAGACGCCCCCGGAGCGCUGAUGGAGGCCGGGCGCAGCGCGGGGCCCACGGGCAUGGCGGAGCCGCGGGCGAGGGCGGCGAGGCCCGGGCCCCAGCGCUUCCUGCGGCGUAGCGUGGUGGAGUCGGAUCAGGAGGAGCCGCCGGGCCUGGAGGCAGCUGAAACGCCGAGCGCACAGACCCCGCAGCCCCUGCAGCGUCGGGUGCUUCUGCUUUGCAAGACGCGCCGCCUUAUCGCCGAGCGCGCCCGUGGCCGCCCCGCCGCUCCCGUGCCCGCCGCGCCCGCAGCGCCUCCCGGCGCCCUGGGUGCACCCUCGGACCCAGGCCCCGAGCCCGCGGGCGCGCAGGAACCCAGCCCGGAUCCUGCUGCAGCCGCAGCCGCUCCUGUCCCCGACGGCGGCCAGCGGGAGGAGGAGGCGGCAGCUGCGAGACAGGAGGACGCUGGACCCACCGAAGCGAAGCCUGAGCCUGGGCGCUCACGCAAGGAUGAGCCCGAGGAGGAGGAGGACGACGAUGAGGACGAUCUCAAGGCCGUAGCCACCUCUCUGGACGGCCGCUUCCUUAAGUUCGACAUCGAGCUGGGCCGGGGCUCCUUCAAGACUGUCUACAAGGGCCUGGACACCGAGACCUGGGUGGAGGUGGCCUGGUGUGAACUGCAGGACCGGAAGCUCACCAAGCUGGAGCGGCAGCGGUUCAAGGAGGAGGCGGAGAUGCUGAAAGGCCUGCAACACCCCAACAUCGUGCGCUUCUACGACUUCUGGGAGUCCAGUGCCAAGGGCAAGCGGUGCAUUGUGCUGGUGACCGAGCUGAUGACCUCGGGAACGCUGAAGACGUACCUGAAGCGGUUCAAGGUGAUGAAGCCCAAGGUUCUGCGCAGCUGGUGCCGGCAGAUCCUGAAGGGCCUGCUCUUCCUUCACACGCGGACACCCCCCAUCAUCCAUCGAGACCUCAAGUGUGACAAUAUCUUCAUCACCGGGCCAACUGGGUCUGUGAAGAUUGGUGACUUGGGCCUGGCCACCCUCAAAAGAGCAUCAUUUGCCAAAAGUGUGAUAGGUACACCUGAGUUCAUGGCUCCUGAGAUGUACGAGGAACACUACGAUGAGUCAGUCGACGUCUAUGCCUUUGGGAUGUGCAUGCUGGAGAUGGCCACCUCGGAGUACCCCUACUCGGAGUGCCAGAAUGCUGCCCAGAUCUACCGCAAGGUCACCUGUGGCAUCAAGCCAGCCAGCUUUGAGAAAGUGCAUGAUCCCGAAAUCAAGGAGAUCAUUGGGGAAUGCAUCUGUAAGAACAAGGAGGAAAGGUACGAGAUCAAGGACCUGUUGAGCCAUGCCUUCUUCGCAGAGGACACAGGUGUCAGGGUGGAACUCGCAGAGGAGGACCAUGGCCGGAAGUCCACCAUUGCCUUACGGCUCUGGGUGGAAGACCCCAAGAAGUUGAAGGGCAAGCCCAAGGACAAUGGAGCCAUUGAGUUCACCUUUGACCUGGAGAAGGAGACCCCUGAUGAGGUGGCCCAGGAAAUGAUUGACUCUGGAUUCUUCCAUGAGAGUGACGUGAAGAUUGUGGCCAAGUCCAUUCGUGACCGCGUGGCGUUGAUCCAGUGGCGGCGGGAGAGGAUUUGGCCUGCACUGCAGUCCCAGGAGCUGAAGGACUCAGGCAGCCCUGACAAGGCCAGGGGUCCGCCAGCGCCCCUGCAGGUCCAGGUGACCUACCACUCACAGGCCGGGCAGCCUGGGCAACCAGAGCCUGAAGAACCUGAGGUGGACCAGCACCUUCUUCCCCCCAUGCUGCCGGCUAGUGCCACCUCCCUGGCCUCGGACAGCACCUUUGACAGUGGCCAGGGCUCUACAGUGUACUCAGACUCACAGAGCAGCCAGCAGAGCAUGGUACUUAGCUCCCUCGUGGACACUGCUCCACCCUCGGCCCCGUGCGUGUGCAGCCCCCCUGUGAGCGAGGGGCCUGGCCUGCCACCCAGCCUGCCCUCCAUGGGGACCUUCCAGCAGCCUGUUGCUGUGCCUGGCCUGUCGGUGGGCUCCAUCCCUGCCCCUACCCACCCUCCACUCCUCCAGCAACAUUUCCCAGAGCCUGCAAUGAGUUUUGCCCCUGUGCUGCCGCCACCCAGUGCCCCCGUGCCCACCGGCCCAGGCCAGCCAGGGCCCCCUGCCCAGCCGCUGCCUCCAAUGGCCCAACCACCAACCCUGACACAGGUUCUGGCCCCACAGCCCAUGGGCUCCAUCCAGCCGGUGCCCCCUCUCCUGCCUCCAUACCUGGCUCCGACUUCCCAGGUGGUGGCUCCUGCUCAGCUAAAGCCCCUCCAGAUGCCACAGCCACCGCUGCAACCUCUUGCUCAAGUCCCUCCGCAGAUUCCUCCAAUGCCUGUGGUCCCCCCCAUAACACCCCUGGCGGGAAUUGACGGCCUCCCUCAGGCUCUCACUGACCUGCCAGCUGCAAAUGUGGCCCCUGUGCCACCGCCUCAGUAUUUCUCUCCAGCCGUGAUCUUGCCAAGCCUGGCCACCCCCCUGCCCGCAUCCCCAGCCCUACCUCUGCAGGCAGUCAAGUUGCCCCAUCCCACUGGAGCGCCUCUGGGUGUGCCCUGCCAGACCAUUGUGCCAAGUGCACCAGCUGCCAUCCCUCUACUGGCCGUGGCCCCACAGGGUGUGGCUGCUCUGUCCAUCCACCCUGCUGUGGCUCAGCUCCCAGCUCAACUACCAGCCCAGCUCCCAACCCAGCCUGUGUACCCAGCAGCCUUCCCACAGAUAGCAACUGGAGACAUCCCGCCUUCCCCCCACCACACAGUGCAGAGCUUACGGGUCACCCCACCACAGCCGGUGCCACCUGUGCUUCCUCAGCCCCUCCAGCCUGGCGUUGUCCACUUGCCUGAGCAGGCUGCUCCAGCUGUCACCUCAGGGAACCAGGUCCUGCUGGCUCAUCCGCCUCCGUACACGGUGGAAGUUGCUGCUCCGGUCCCCACCAUGCCCCUGCCGCCUGCUGUCCUCUCUCCACCUCUGCCAGAUGUGCUGCCCCCUGCUGCUCCUGAGCUCCUGCCUAAGUUCCCCAGCUCCUUGCCCCCCACAGUGGUGGCCGCUGCUCAGAGUGUGCCCACUCAGAUGGCCACACUCCUUCCGCCAGCUAACCCGCCACUGCCCACUGGGCCUGUGAUUGCUGGCCCCUGCCCACCCGUCCAACUGAUAGUGGAACCAGCCCAAGAGGAGCAGGCCUCUCGGGAUAAGCCUCCUGGCCUCCUGCAAAGCUGUGAGAGCUAUGGUGGCUCUGAUGUCACUUCUGGAAGAGAGCUGAGUGACAGCUGUGAAGGAGCCUUUGGAGGGGGCAGGCUGGAGGGCAGGGCUGCCCGGAAACACCACCGCAGGUCCACACGUGCCCGCUCCCGGCAGGAGAGGGCCAGCCGGCCCCGGCUGACUAUCCUGAAUGUGUGCAACACAGGAGACAAGAUGGUAGAGUGCCAGCUGGAAACGCAUAACCACAAGAUGGUGACCUUCAAGUUUGACUUGGAUGGGGACGCACCUGAUGAGAUUGCCACGUACAUGGUAGAGCAUGACUUCAUUCUGCCAGCUGAGCGCGAGACAUUCAUUGAGCAGAUGAAGGACGUCAUGGACAAGGCAGAGGACAUGCUCAGUGAGGACACAGACAUUGAUCACGCCUCUGAUGCGGGGGCCAGCCCACCGCAUCUGAGUACCUGUGGCCUGGUCUCUGGGGAGGAGAGUGGGCAGUCCCAAGCAAACGCCCCCGUGUAUCAGCAGAACGUCCUGCACACGGGGAAGAGAUGGUUUAUCAUCUGUCCAGUGGCUGAGCACCCAGCGGCCGAUGCCCCUGAAUCAUCACCCCCACUUCCUGUAAGCUCCCUGCAGCCAGAAGCCAGCCAAGACACAGCACCCUAUACAGACCAAGUGACCUUGAAGGAAAAACCUGGCUUCCUAGCUGCUCAGCUGCUCCUGAGCCAGGCAGGCCCCAGUGACCCUCCUGGCGGGUCACCAGUCCCCAUGGCACCAUCCUCCCCUCCCGUGGCUACUGAGCCCCAAGACGUGGCAACACCAGCCACCAGCACUAUUCCAGAGCCAGCACCAGGGACUGCUGUCCAGGCAGGGGGCUCAGGGACUCCUCAGGGGCCAACCAGUAAGCCUGAGACCCCCCAGCCACUGGCUGAGACUCCCUACACCCAGCGUGCCCCACAGCCCCUCAGCACGGACAGAGGACCUUGUCCCCCAGCUCCAGAGGCCUCCCGCUGCCCCAUAGGGUUGGGGGAGCCCACCUCAGCUAGGGAGGUCAGCGCCCAAGGGGAGCCUCUGCCUGCUCCAGCAUCAGAGCCCAGUCCCUCCUGUGGGGCCCUGCAGUCUGCUAUCAGUCAGCCAGCACCCCUGAUGCCCACCACAGUGGGGGCCAUCAGUUUGGCUGCCCCCCAGCUCCCCAGCCCCCCUGUGGGGCCCGCUGCUCCCCCACCACCACCCUCAGCUCUGGAGUCGGAUGGGGAAGGGCCACCCCCUAGGGUGGGCUUUGUGGACAGUACUAUAAAGAGCCUGGACGAGAAACUUCGGACCCUGCUCUACCAGGAGCAUGUCCCCACCUCCUCGGCCUCUGCUGGGACCCCCAUGGAAGCUGGUGACAGAGACCUCAUCCUGGAGCCCCUGAAAGGAGAUCUGCCUUCAGCUCCUAGUGACAUGGUCCCAGGGCUUACCCGGCUGCCCCAGUCAUCGUUGGAGAAGUCAGAAACAGCCCCUGCAGGAUGGCCACCUGCAGAUCAGGAGCAGGAGGGCGUGUCGUCACCAAUGACAGCAGAAUCAUCUUCCAGCAACACUCUGGGUUGUGACAGUGACGGAGGGCAGGUGGCCUCAGAUUCACCCGCAUUGCCCUGUGCUCCCCAGGCUGCCCCUGAUUCUGUGAGCCCUGCACACUUGAAGCCCACAGACCAGAAGAACGGGAUCCCUGUGAUAGAAUCCAUGAAGAGGUACCCGGGGACAUUCACAGAUAGUAGCCAGCCCAGCCACUCCCCAAUGCAUGGCGCUUGGGCCUCAGGAUCCCCUCGGAAGCGGCCAGGGCAGCAGGAUGGCAGCUCACCAGCCAAAACCGUGGGCCGCUUCUCAGUGGUUAGCACACAGGACGAGUGGACCCUGGCCUCCCCCCACAGUCUGAGGUAUUCCGCCCCACCUGAUGUCUACCUGGAUGAGGUUCCCUCCAGCCCGGACAUGAAGCUGGCUGUGCGGCGGGUACAGACGGCCUCCCCCAUUGAGGCUGGCAUGGGUGAGCCUGUAUCCAGUGACUCUGGGGAUGAGUGCCCACGGAGGCGGCCUCCAGUGCAGAAGCAGUCCUCCCUACCCAGUGGCGGCAGUGUGGCCAGUGACAUUGUGAAGAAGGCCACUGCCUUCCUGCACAGGUCCUCGAGGGCUGGCUCACUGGGCCCUGAGACACCCAGCAGGGCAGGUGUGAAGGUCCCCACCAUCAGCGUUACUUCCUUCCACUCCCAGUCAUCCUACAUCAGCAGCGACAAUGACUCAGAGUUUGAGGAUGCCGACAUAAAGAAGGAGCUGCGCACUUUGCGAGAGAAGCACCUGAAGGAAAUCUCAGAGCUGCAGAGUCAGCAGAAGGAGGAGAUUGAGGCUCUGUACCGACGACUGGGCAAGCCACUUCCACCCAAUGUGGGCUUCUUCCACACGGCGCCCCCAAGUGGCCGCCGGAGAAAAACCAGCAAAAGCAAGCUGAAGCCUGGCAAACUGCUGAACCCCCUGGUGCAACAGCUCAAGGUCGUGGCCUCCAGCACAGGUCACUUGUCUGACUCCAGCAGAGGCCCUCCCGCUAAGGACCCUGCCCACGCCAGCACGCACCCGUGCGCCAAGGCAGUUCAGACCCAGCAGCCCUGCUCCGUCCGAGCCUCCCUGUCCACAGACAUCUGCUCCGGCUUAGCCAGUGACGGAGGCGGAGCUCAUGGCCAAGGCUGGACGGUUUACCACCCAACGUCUGAGAGAGGGGCCUAUAAGUCUAGUAGCAAGCCUCGUGCUCGAUUCCUCAGUGGACCCGUAUCUGUGUCCAUCUGGUCAGCCCUGAAGCGUCUCUGCCUAGGCAAAGAACACAGCAGUAGGUCCUCCACCAGCAGCCUGGCCCCAGGCCCCGAGCCGGGUUCCCAGCCCACCCUGCAUAUCCAGGCGCAGGUGAACAACAGCAACAACAAGAAAGGCACCUUCACGGAUGACCUGCACAAGCUGGUGGACGAGUGGACAAUCAAGACAGUGGGUGCGGCACAGCUGAAGCCAACGCUCAACCAGCUGAAGCAGACACAGAAGCUGCACGACAUGGAGGCCCCUGGAGAGGCACGGGCUAUGACUGCACUUCGUGCUGGAGUGGGAAUGCCAUGUCUGGCCCCAGUGCCUGGCCCUCUGUCCACCGCAGCUAUUCCCGGAACCACCCCGGUCCUGCCUGUGCCCACACCAGGUACUGCCUGCUCCAGCCUCCCAGCCCUUCCCUGUUCACUGCCUCUGGGUCCGUUUGGAGGCCUGUUCCCAGCUCCGGUGUCCUGGGGACCCUGGGCAGCCCAGGGUGGCCUGAUGGGAGCGUGGGGCAGCUGGAGCCCCACCCAAGUACCUGUGCUGCCAGUGUUCCUGAGGCCACCUGCUGUGCGCACACCGUGUCCCCGGCUGCACCUCACCUAGCCCUCUGCCCUGCCCCUGGCCAGAUGGAGCCCUGUGAACCUCUUGGAGGAGUCUGAUGGUGGUUGGGCCUCCCUGCCUUGGGCACAGGGCUCAGCCACCAGCAGGCAGUGUGCUGUGGCAGAUGCUGCCUCAGACCCUGUUCGCUCUUAGGUCCCCACGGUCUACACACGCGGUCUUCACACCCACUGCCUGUUCUUGAGUUGAAGGUUAGGACCUUGUCACCACCCUGCAGAAGUGCAGUGCCUUGAAUUCCAGCUUUGCUGUCCCCUCAUGGAAAGACGUGUUUUAAAAAGCCGUGUGUCAGAAAAGGUGUAGUUCCUCUGCAGUCGGCUUGUGUGUCGCUGCCUCUACUGUGUGAAGUUGCGGAGAUAUGAAGCUGAAGUCUGAUCUUUAGUUUUUGAUUCUAAAUGCCUUCUUAAGACAAACACGAAAAUGAAAAUUGGACAUGUGACCUUGAAUAUUGAGGGGUUGCGAACGCAAGGUGAGCCCAACUUGGUCUGCAGUAGAGCCAGGUCUUCCUGGGCUAAUGUAACCGAGAGUGACAGAUGGCUGCUCAGGCGGGGCACGUUUGCAGAAGUUAGUCUCCAGUAAGGAACAUCAGCAGCUUCGUGUGGAGUCUGCCAGCAAACACUGGUAGCCAGCGGGCUGUUGUGAGCAGUAGCAGAGAUGAACACCGCCCUUUUGGCUCAGGAGUGCCCCACCCACUUAACUUCCUAUUCCAUGAUUUCCCCAGAGGCCUGCGCUGUGCCCACCCCGUCCUACAGAUCCCUUGCCAGGCCACCCUAAGGCCAGCCUGCUUUGGGGAUGCUCCUUCUGGAGAUUCCCACAGGACUUAUCCCAGUUGGGCACAAAACAGUGCAGAUGGAGGUGAGAGGCUACCCUGCUGUGAUUCGUACAGGUGUGCUGAACUUAUUAGAACCAGCUCAAUUAUUUUGGUUAAAAUAUAUUAUUCCAUCAGUUCAGCUAGAAUUGAGUUUUCUAGGGGACUGUGCAGAAUCUUCUGCUGGGACAUGAUACUGCAGUAAGAGAUUUCUGAUCUCUGUGCCUGGUCUGAGCAUUGCGUGGGCCUCUUUGUUAAUGAAGUGGGUCUCUCUCUCUCUCUCUCCUCCUCUCUUUCUCCCGUUUCCUCCCUCCAUCCCUCCCUGUUCCUCUUCCUCUCCCUCUCUCCCCUUGGCUCCUGAGUGGCAUGGGAUCCAAGAGACUGUAUUUGUGAAGGAGAAAAAUAAACAUUUUUUGCUUGAAAACACUGUGAAACAACAUCUUUUUUCUUACCCUUUGUUCACUGAUGAGCCUUGUAGAAGACAGGUGCAGGUGGCCCAAGUGGACCUAUCCUGGGUUCGGCACUGAGCUCACAGCCCUGCUGCCCAUGCUUUGGGGGAGGGGUUCGGAGCCCGAGAGUCAGGUCCACAGUACUGUACCUACCAUGUGCGGCCUGGGCCCCCAGGAAUCAGACUGUCCUGCCAUCGAACCUGCUCGGGCUGUCAGCUGGGUUCCCAGCCACUCAUCCUUGAGUUCUAGAUGAGCCUCAUAGUCAAGUCGAUUGCGUCUUCAACCCAUUCCUGUUGGCACUGGCUCCCAGAAAGCCUGGCUAGAUGACUCCUGAGCCUCCCACUUCCCUCCUGGUGGGCUAAGCUUAGGCAGGGCCGGAGCUCUUCUUCCAGGCUCUUGAGUUUGUCGAGAGCAGAACUCAGGGCUAAGGGUCACCAUGGGUCCUGUGAGGGACAGUAGCCUUCCUCGUAGGUACAAGCUUGAGGAGAAGACCCACCCAGUGUGGUCCCUGCUGACCCACUGUCCACAACCUCGUGCAUCAUGGACCUAACUCUGACCACCCUGAGGGCUGAAGUGUCUCUGGUGGGCGCUUCUGCUGCCCUGCCCUGUCCCAGGGGCAGACCUUGUGGCUUUACAGUGCUCAUCUCAGCUCUGGCCCUGGGUAGAGGCAAGGGAAGAGCAGGGUCACUGUUCCCUUCCAACACCCAGGGCCCGAGAGCAGCUCACUCACAGAUGUCCUAGUGAGCAUGAGCUGGGUGGCCCCAUCUGGGUUGGGGUGGUCAUUCCAAGUGCUUGUGUGGCCAGAUGACAGGCUACUG